CACAACUGAAAAGCACAUGAUCAGACCAUUUCCUUGCAAAGCUUGGAACCACGGAGAAGCGGCUGGGAAAGAUCAUGCGACAAGGAACAUCCGUAGAAGACACGCAAAAAGAUCAAGUGAGGGACCUGUUGGGAGUGCAUGUUGGCUUCAACUCCCUCUCUGCUCAAGUAAACUAAGGGCCAUCACAACACACCUUCAGCUCGACAAUCCCGACAGAGUUGUUCAAGCUUCCACCAACCCAGAUGUUCAAGGCAUUUGUUCUUGACUCUGACAACCUCAUCCCAAAAAUUUUGCCACAGGCUAUCAAGAGUGUUGUUACCCUGGAGGGAGAUGGAGGGGCUGGAACCAUCAAGCAAGUUAACUUUGGCGAAGGCAGCCAGUUCAAAUACACGAAGCAGAGGAUCGAUGGCAUUGACCAAGAAAAAUUCACCUACCGCUACACUGUGAUCGAGGGUGAUGCUUUGAUGGAGACACUGGAAAAAAUCUCCAACGAGAUCAAAUUCGAGGCAGCAUCUGAUGGAGGGUCUGUGUGCAAGAGCAGCAGCAGUUACUACACCAUUGGUGACAUCAAUAUCAAGGAAGAGGAAAUAAAGGCUGGAAAAGAGAAGGCAUCGGGGAUGUUCAAAGCAAUCGAAGCUUACCUCUUGGCAAACCCUGAUGCCUAUAAUUAG